UUGACGGGUUCUAGUCUUCUUUGUCACUAAACCCUUGCCCUUGACUUGAAUUGAAUUGGGAUUUUCAACCAUGGACGGAGGAGGAGGAGGAGCUUCUGCUUCUGGAGGCGGCGGCGGCGGACCGGCGCCUUUCCUCCAGAAAACGUACGAAAUGGUGGAUGAUUCAUCAACCGAUCAAAUUGUCUCCUGGAGUUCUACCAAGAACAGCUUUGUCGUCUGGAACCCUCCUGAAUUCGCUCGCCUUCUUCUUCCUAUGUAUUUUAAGCACAACAAUUUCUCAAGCUUCAUCAGACAGCUAAACACAUAUGGCUUUAGAAAGAUCGAUCCAGAAAAAUGGGAAUUUGCAAAUGAAGAAUUCAUGAAAGAUCAAAAGCAUUUGUUAAAGAAUAUCCAUCGCAGGAAACCCAUUCAUAGCCACAGCAAUCCACAAGGGAAUUCACCUGAUCAAGAACGAGCUGCAUACGAGGGUGAAAUAAGCAAGCUCUUACAAGAGAAGUUGGAAAUUCAAGCUAAGGUUCUCAAAUACAAAGAUGAACAAUCUACAGCCAAGAUUCAGCUGGAUGAUCUAAGUCAAAGAGUUGAUCAUAUAAAGCAGAGACAGGAUCGUUUGCUAGAGUUCAUAGAUAAGGCAUCACAGAAUCCUGAUUUGGUUGCAAUUCUUGCUCGAAAACUCCAAUCUGUUGAUUUUUCUGCUUACAAUAAGAAAAGACGAGUUCCUCGAGUUAUAUCUUCUGAGCAAGAUCCUGAAAGUAGCUCUGUUGGAACUCACAGCAGCUCGAGGCCUGAAUUUGGUGCUAUAUCUAAUGUUGUUUCGGAUGUUAAUUUGGUUUCAAACAGCAUGCAGUGUUCAAAUGAGGAAGAUGAUAACCAGGCUAGAAGCAAUGGUGGGGUUUUAUUCUUUCCUGAAACUUUGGAUCUUUCGGAUACAGGAACAUCUCUUAAUUUUCAACGACAACAGUUGGGACAAGAAGAAGCUGACAACAGUGUUUCGUGUCAUUUGAAUCUUUCUUUGGCAUACCCGAAACCAAGUUUUGUUCAGAAUCAAGAUUCAUUGGAUGAUGAUGGUUUGAGUAAGAAUCGAAUUCAGGCAAAUGGUGAUGGUACUAAAGUGAGAGUGAAUGAUGUGUUUUGGGAACAAUUUCUUACCGAAAAACCUGGUUCGUCGGAAACAGAGGAGGGGAGCUCUAAUAAUAAUGGACAUGGAAGUGGAAAGGCGACUGGAUUGGGUAAUUUCAUGACUCUUUAAAGAUCAAGAAAUCAGUAUUUAUGUUUAUUAGUGUUGUUUAUAUAGCUUUUGUAAUAAUAUAACUGGGAAUAAUUUACUGUUUUCUUGUGCCUAUUUGACAGAAGGUUUACAUAAGACGAUUAUACAUGUGUUUUCGUGUUGAAUUUGGAACUUAUGUGAUGACCUUGUUUGAUCUUGGAUUA